UUGCGAAGAAUAAGCAGAUUGAAGGGAAAGAGCCCGAGGCGCAGCACUUUCUUAGCGUUAGCGUCGUUGCUUUUUUUCCCCCCCCCCUCUCUCUCUCUUUCUCUCUUCCCCUCGUGUCCUGCGUAGAAACAGAACAGAGUAUCUGUUCAACAUUUCGGACACCCAAAUGCCCGGUCCCACCCAAGCCCUUUCCCCAAAUGGAGAGAACAACAACGACAUCCUCCAGGACAACGGAACCAACAUUAUUCCUUACAGGAAAAAUACAGUGCGGGGAGAGCGCGCCUACAGUUGGGGCAUGGCGGUCAACGUAUAUUCUACCUCAAUAACCCAGGAGACUAUGAGCAGGCAUGACAUCACUGCCUGGGUUAAUGAUAUUCUCUGCCUAAAUUAUACUAAAGUGGAACAGCUGUCCUCAGGCGCAGCCUACUGCCAGUUCAUGGAUCUGCUCUUUCCCGGUUGUAUCAGUCUUAAGAAGGUCAAGUUCCAAGCCAAAUUGGAACAUGAGUAUAUUCACAAUUUCAAGCUAUUGCAGGCAUCCUUCAAACGGAUGAAUGUGGACAAGAUUAUUCCUGUGGAGAAACUGGUUAAAGGCAGAUUUCAGGACAAUCUUGAUUUCAUCCAGUGGUUCAAGAAGUUCUAUGAUGCAAAUUAUGAUGGCAAAGAGUACGACCCGGUUGAAGCUAGACAGGGUCAGGAUGCUAUUCCCCCACCUGAUCCUGGUGAGCAGAUCUUCAACCUGCCAAAGAAGUCCCCCCAUGCAGCAAGCUCCCCUACCGCAGGAGCUUCACGAGCAACUUCUGCUAUCCCCAAGUCUACAACGCCAUCAUCCAGACCUUCAUCAGCAAAAAAGAUUCCGAUGGUACCGGCUCCUGCCAAAGGUGAAAAAGAACUGGAAGCACAGGUCACACAUCUUACGGAGCAGGUAAACACAUUAAAGCUGGCACUGGAAGGAGUGGAGAAGGAGCGGGACUACUACUUCAGCAAGUUGCGAGAGGUGGAGCUGCUGUGCCAGGAGCAGGGUGAAGAGAAUGCUGCAUUUGUUGAGCGGCUAAUGGAGGUCCUUUACGCCUCAGAGGAACAGGAAAGAGCUGAGCUGGCUGAGGGAGAUGGGCAGGAUGCAGACCUUCAAGCCCAUGACGAGGUACCAGAUGAUCAGCAGGAGGAACAAGAUGAAUACUGACUGCCAUCCAUUGUCUUUCACCACAGCAGCACCUGUUUUUAAUAUGUGACCGCUGUUACAAGAUUUAAAUUUUUCCACAUGGAUUAUUAUUUUUGUUGUUCUCUUGAAGACUGAGCACAUGAAGAAACCUCCUGAAUAGAAGCACCAUCACGUUUUCUUUUUGUGUCCCUCUAUUUGCUGUUCAGUGUUUUUUGUGACUUUUUGGCAAAAACUGCUGUGGGAGGUUGAUGGUUAUGCCCUCCACCAGCAGACAAGCUCAGACCAUCAUAGGAGUUGCCCAGGACUGUGUGGGUGGAAAGCUGAUUGAAAUCGAAAUCCUAGAUGUGAUGGAAAUGCUGAAGUUUAGAGAGGUAAAGUUUCACUGUCAGUGCAAAUGUUUUUUUCCUCUCUCAACACCCCCCCCCCCCCCCCCCCCAAGCGUAUGUCAAUUCGUUAUUUUUAUAUUUUGCAUAUUGACAAUAGUAAUCACACAGAUGCAAUAAGCAAAGCCCUGAAAGGGCUCAUCGAAGCUCUUAUCCAACCUCCUUCCAUAUGAUGCACUGACAUUUGAUUUUUGAUAUGGACAAUCUGUCCGUAAACCCUCACCGUAUUUAUUAUUAAGCCUAAGUGCAAGAUUUUGCAUUGCAUCCUCAUUAAGAUAGAUGAUAAAUCAGUCAAAUGUAACAAAUGCCAGCUGUAUCUAUUGCAUCCUAACAAAUGACCACAUUUCUGAUCAUCUGUGUGCUUCACAAUGUUAGUAACACCGUUCAAGUUGGUCCGGAGACAGAGGUGUACUCAGAAUGCUAUGAACAUGGGGAAGGAAGAAACAUUACUGUGGACUAGUCUUACUACAUGCAGCAUUUAAGAGUUGAAACCUCAGCUGGAACUUGUGGCCUGUUCAGAUUUCUGCCUUUCUUUUUUUAAGCUGCAGGUCUUAGGCAGACAAGUCAGUUCACUGAGUAAUUUCCCAUGCGAUAUAUUCCGGCAAGUACAGUGUAUAUCCUUUAUAUUGCAUUUACUGAGAUCAAACUGGGCAGUGCACCAUUAUGCUUUAGUCAUACUCUUAUGUAAAUGAAAAGGAAUGUAAACAUGUACUGUCAAUAAUUAUGAAUGGUAAAUGUUUUUUAUGUCCCACUUAUUAUGCAUUCCCCAAAACGUGUUGCAUGUAUGCAUUUUAUUUGUGAAUAACUUGACCUGCUUUUUACGUAUUUAAUAAAUAAUAAUUAAAAAACCUAAUUGUGCUUUUAUAUGUUUAAUCUGCUGUUUAGAAGAUGCAGACUUGGAUGGAUUUGUUGUAAUAAAAUGUUUUGAGUUCAA